AAACACAACAAAUGAAAAUGGUUUCGAGUGCAAGUUGAAAUUAGCCUGGAUUGCAGAAAUAGAUUAGAAUUAAUAUUACUAUUUGAUGAUUUUGACGAAAAUCUCUGGCCUAUAGAUCUAGUAUCCCAAUUCGUCUCUUGAAAAAUAUCUAAUUCUAAAAUAAUUACCUUGAUAUUGGAUCUUGAUCAUACUGAUACAAGGGACAUAACCUUAGAAGACACAUGGCACACAAGAGUUAUGCAAAAAGCAUUGACUUGCCCACAGAGCAGGUCUUUCAUAACAUAAGAAAUGCCAAAAGGUUUGCUAUUGACAUAGGAGGAUCUUUAGCCAAAGUUGCAUACAGUUCCUUGGUAAAGAAAAAAUCAACCAUGGUCUUUGAUGAGCCUGAUUCAUUUGGCUCCAACAAAGGCUCAAUCUACAACGUCUCUGAAACAGACCAGGAAAACAUUCGGCUCCACUUUGUGAAGUUUGAAACUAAGUACAUCGAGACCUGCCUGGAUUUCAUCCAAGCUAAUCUCAUCCAAUCAAAAGAGUUCAUGAUGGACAAAGUGAUCAAAGUGACAGGGGGAGGAGCCUACAAGUACACAGAGCUUAUUAACAGUAAACUUGGAGUGCAAGUUGACAAAGAGGAUGAGAUGGAGUGUCUAAUCAAAGGCUGCAACUUCCUGCUGAAGAACAUCGCAGAUGAAUCUUUUUGCUACAUGCGCCACGGUAACCCUGAGUACAAGUUUCAAGGUGUUGAUUCUGACAUUUUUCCUUACCUGUUGGUCAACAUUGGCUCAGGUGUCAGUCUUUGUAAGGUGGAGUCUGAGAGUAAGUUUGAAAGAAUUGGUGGAACUUCAACGGGUGGCGGAACUUUCUGGGGCCUAGGGUCACUUCUCACAGCUGCUAAGGAGUUUGAUGAACUGCUGGAGCUGGCUGAGAAAGGUGACCACAAGUCGCUGGACAUGCUAGUGAAGGACAUUUAUGGAGGGGACUAUUCUGCCAUUGGACUGAGCGGUGAGGUCAUUGCAAGUAGCUUUGGUAAAGCUGCCAGAUGUGCACGGGACACUCAACAAAGUGUGCCAACGUUCAGGAAAGAGGAUGUGGCCAGGAGCCUGUUGCUGUGUAUCAGCAAUGACAUUGGCCAGAUUGCUUAUCUACAGGCCAAAUUGCAUGGCGUGAAAAAAAUUUACUUUGGUGGAUUUUUUAUACGAGGGCAUCCUUUUACCAUGCACACAAUCACAUUUGCCAUAAAUUUCUGGUCAAAGGGUGAGAUUCAAGCCUUGUUUCUCAGACAUGAGGGAUAUCUGGGUGCUAUUGGUGCAUUCUUGAAGGGCAUGGAAGAGGAAGAUGCAGAGCGCUAUUCCUGGGGGGAGAAUCUAGCAGGGAGCUCUGGUCUUGCAAGCCCAAAACAAAUCAACCCUCGUGUUAUUGAAGAAAUGGCAAACAGUUUUACCAUGCUAGAGAUCAACAGACUGGACAGAGCCCUGCUCCCCUGUCCCCUGCUGCUGGACGUCAUCGGCUACUUCCCCGACACAGUGGACCUCACCCAGGACAAGGACGCACGGGACUACUGGCUCAAAUGUUUUGCUGACAGUGCAACAAAAACUCGAGACCUUGCCAUCAAAAGCCAGGCUCAUGAGCCAGAUGCCACAGAAAGAGCUGACAAGUUUCUCAUGAAGUAUUUGGAGAGGUUGAAGUCCUUUGAGCAAAAUCCUUGUGCUUAUGGCUCUCUCACAGUGCGCAGCCUCCUGGAUACCAGCACACACUUCUUGGAGGAGUUUUCUUUCACUGAUAUCUUCUCACAGCAAAAGCAAGUUGAGAAUGAACAAGCCCUACGUCUGCUGGCAUCCAGGCUGAAGACACUGGAUGACCUACCACCUCAAGAGAGACAACUCCAGCUAGUCUUAGGGAUGCUAGCUGGUAAUGUCUUUGACUGGGGUGCCAAAGAAAUCAGGACAAUUCUGGAAACCAGGCAGUUCAGCCUAGAGGAUGCCCAAGAAAAACUCCAAAAGAGGCCGUGGCUGUUUGAUGACUUUGAUGCCUGGUUAAGCCGCAUGAGCCAGCCCAAACCCUACAAGUGUGCUGUGAUAUUCUGUGACAACUCUGGCGUCGAUAUCAUCCUGGGUAUCUUCCCCUUUGCCAGGCACCUUCUCUCUAUAGGCACCAAUGUGAUUCUAUGUGCCAACUCACACCCCAGCCUGAAUGAUGUAGUGUACGGAGAGCUGCUGUGGAUUGUGAAGAAAGCCAGUGAAGUGUGUCCAAUCCUCAGUGAUGCCAUGAGGGAGGACAGGUUCAAAAUCAUGGAGUCAGGACAAGCUUCCCCUUGUCUGGAUCUCAGACUUAUAGAUGAAAACUUGGUAGCAACAAUCAAAGAACAAGAGGCCGAUCUCAUUGUUAUAGAGGGCAUGGGCCGGGCAGUUCACACUAACUUUGAUGCCACAUUUGCCUGCGAUGCCCUCAAGGUGGCCGUCAUAAAAAACAAGUGGUUGGCCAACCGUUUUGGUGGGGACAUGUUUAGCGUCAUGUUCAAGUUUGAGAAGGGGAGGAAAGUCUCGUCUGGUACAGGUUUAAACACAUGCACUGCACGGAGGUAGCGAUGGAAGAAUUCUAGAACAUUCUAGCCUCAGGAAGUAAUAAAUCAGUUACUUAAAAAAAAAAUGAAUUCAUAUUAAACUUAAACAGAACGUACAGGCUAUUCCAACAGUCCUGAUUUUGACCAUGUCAUUGCUGUUGCGCCACUCUGCAUGUUGUUACUGCAUCAAACCCAGUCAUUAAGCUGUCCUGGCAUUCCAUGUUCUAGUUGUGGUGAAAUAUUUCUUGUGUUGGUUGAAUUUUUCUGUAAUCUCUAUGUUACAGUACUGUUAAGGGAAGAAAGAUUGAACUAUAACCCCCACUGAUUGUGUAGUGUAUGUUUCCAGUGCAGCUUGUGGUGUGUGUUGAUGGUCUGAUGGCAGUCUGGUGGUUUAAUGGUCAAAUAUAUUUUUUUUUUAUUAAAAUGUAAUUGGACUUUUGUAUUUUUAAUCUCUAGAGGAAAAAAUAAAACAAAAAUUUGAUUCUUUUUUAUGUUAAGUUAAGAGAAAUUCAUUCCCAUCAGUCAACAUUUGAUUUGAUGUUAAUUUUUACCCAACAAGACAUAAUGAGUCAUCAAUGUUUGUUUUAAUCAGUGUAGAAAACAUCCAGCUAGAGACACCCAGCACGGUAGGCGCCCCC